CUAAUUUUGGCGGUCCUUGAACUCACCUUGUUUACAUGUACAACUUUCUCCGCUUUCUAGGACGUGUUUUAUGCCACUUCUUUUUCUGUCUCAUUUUGUCCACCACACUUUUAACGUUGUGCAUGAAUGCACAAAGAACCUACUACAGUCGCUGCCGCCGACCCAGCAAACACUACAGAACCUUCCUCGGUCAGUCCAUCCAUUCAUCCUUCAUCCCCAAAUUCAGUGGCUCCACCAAGUAAUGCUCCAACAGUUCCUCUGACCACAGAAGUUCCAGGUAUUUGCGACUCUCACCCUUGUGGCCCCGGGAGCACCUGUGAGGCUCGUGUCAACGAAACGUUUGUAUGCUUGUGCAGGGCUGGGGAAUUCUACGAUUACUACGGUUGUCAGAGUGCUCAAGUUUUCCCUGGGCAACUGCAGGUGCCCACAAUAACAUAUGUUGAGGAAAUGGCAACCAAAACAUCAGACGCAUUUGCCCACGCCUCAAGGCAAAUUACUGAACAGCUAUGGCGUUCAUUCAGAGCCAUUAAGGGCCACAUUACCAGUGAGGUGCUGGAACUCAAGCGCUUGGAAAACAAGCGAUCAGAUUUAAGCGGCGUCAACGCGACUGUAGAGCUCUUUUUCAUCGUGAAUUUUCCUAUCACGACACAGACGUUUGAUGACGUCAUGGCGAAUGCUUCCAAAUGCGUCGACUGCAUUCUGGCCAAUUCCACCUUUUCUAAGACCGACCUGUGUCUUAAGAAACCCUGCGAGGAGGAAACAUCGUUGUGUGUGGCUGAAAAGGCUUCUUGAAGUGCACCUGUGCGGAGGGUUACAUUAACACCGACUUCAGCGAGAGAUGUGUGUCG